AUGGCGGACUUCGCGCUUGGGCUGACCAAGACGGCGGUGGAGGGGACUCUGAGCAGAGUCCAGUCUGCGAUCGAUGAAGAGAACAAGCUGAAGGCGGCGGCGCAGCAAGACCUGGUGUACAUCACCGGCGAGUUCCAGAUGAUGCAAGCCUUCCUUAAGGUGGCCAACAAGGAGCGUACAAGCAACCAAGUGGUCAAGACCUGGGUGCGGCAGCUCCAUGACCUGGCCUUCGAUGUGGAAGACUGCGUGGAGUUUGUUAUCCACCUGGACAACAACUCGGCCUGGACCUGGGUGUGGCGCCUGCUGCCAUCCUGCAUGGCGCCUGCUCAGACCCGUGACCUGGACAAGGCGGUCGCUGACUUAAGGAAGCUCAAGGCCAGGGUCGAGGAGGUGAGCCAGAGGAACACCCGCUACAACCUCAUCAGCGACUCCGGCUCCACACCCACCGCACCAGCGGAUCAGCUCGCGAAUAGUACUGGUAGUCGUCCAUCAACAGUCCACACCCUAAAAGAGCUGUGGGCGGCCAACAUGAAGCUAAGCAGCUUGCGCGACCUCACAGAUCUGAUCGACACUGAUGGGAGUGACCUUAAAGUGAUCUCGAUAUGGCGAAAAGAGUUUCUCAAGAGCUUGCUGAAUCAGCUCUACGAGAGCGCUCACCAGGAAAAACUUGGUGCGGACCUCCGCAAGAAGGAAGCCCGCCUCAUACGGGACGAGUUAAAGCAGCUAUUAACCAUCCACAAGUAUCUCAUUAUCAUAGAAGAUUUAUCCAGUGCAGUGGAGUGGGAUUUCAUCAAAUCGAACCUGCCGGACCCUAAUAAUGACAGCCGCAUCAUCAUAUCAACGCAGCAGUUAGGGCUUGCACUUUCCUGCACGGGAGAGCCAUGCCUAGCAUUGGAGCUUAGAGAAUUCUCCGAUGGUCAAUAUCUUUUUGCAUUUUUCAAGCAGGUCAAUUUUGAUAUAGCAAAACUCUUUAGGCAACUUGGAGAUCGUCGCGUGAUCUCUUUGUGGGGAGACAAAGGUGGUUAUGCAGACUCUCUUAUCGCGGAACUAUCUCACCGUUUGAGCCUGCAGAAGGUAUCGGGAGUAAAAUUUGAAGAAGUGGAGUGGGUGGGGUACUAUGAAGACCCUGAGUCGCUUGAUCCAAUAAAGCCUCGUUCGCGUGAAGACGCCGCCUACCUCGUCGUGAUCAAGGGCCUGUUGUCGAAAGAGGAUUGGGAUAAGAUAAAGGAUAGGGUCGUGCCUGAGGGUACUAAGGGUUGUGCCAUCAUCAUUGCAAACGAAAAAGAUGUAGCCGAUUAUUGCGGCAAAGAUGUUGGUCUGAGAGAGAUCGACGAGGAACAGAGCAAAGCCAACGAAGCCAUUCGCCCAUUCACAAAGUGUGGUCGUCACUACUGUGGCGAUUCGUUGGGUUAUCUGUAUGCUCAAGGAGUAUUCAGCCUUGGUUAUCGACCGGAGGAUUGUCACAGUUUCCUCUCCAAUAGAAUUGAAGAGGCAUGCUGCAGGGUGCCAUUCAUCAUGGAGAGUCAAUACGAGGUGAUGGCCACGAUUGAUUACUGUCACGUACAGGAAGGUGGUGUGCACGCGGUGUGGGGGACCGUUGGUGUUGGGAAAUCAGCUCUUGUGAGAUAUUCCUGCUAUGUAAACAUGGUGUUCUCAUUAGGGAUCACAAAAAAAGCUAACAUUGGCAGGUUUGGUGACUUUGAUGGUCGGCGCCAUCCGUUUAACAUGUUCGGGUGGGUGGAUGUGCCUGAUCCGUUCGACCUGGCGGAGUUCUCUCGGCGCUUACUUCUGGAUUUCCAUUCACUUGAUCCUCAUGAAAUGGAAGCAACAGCAGUUGGUAUCAUUCAAGGCCACGACCCAAUUCAAGGGUGUUAUGACAUCAUGCAUGGCAACAUAUGCCUGGUAGUUAUUGAUGGGCUGCGCUCAAAGCAAGACUGGGACUCCAUCAAACAAGCCUUGUUGCGCGGGAACCUUUAUGAACUGUCAUCUAUUCUUGUCAUCACAACCGAAAAAAGUGUCGCACAACAUUGUGUUGAUAUCGGUGACAGGGAAGGUCGAACGCUCAAUGUCAGAGCUCUAGAAGAUGUGCCGGCCUUUGAUCUCUUUCAAAAGGUUGCUGGUGAGCUGUAUAGCAAUUUAGAGAUUGCAAAACAAAUGGUGACCAAGUGUGGCGGACUUCCCAGAAUAAUAGCUGCGGUGGGCCAAGCCUAUUUCUCAUUCAUGAAGGAUAUUAAUGGUGAUCGUGUGGAAGCCUCUACCUCAUUCUUGAAGGAUAUUAAUGAUGAUCUUGUGGUCAAGUUGCAAACUGACCAACAAUUCCAUGAUUUAAGGGUUCAUUUGUCAUGGAUGCAUUCCUAUUUUGAUGCUUGUGAUGAUUCAGUAAAGCCGUACAUCUUCUAUUUGUCAGUCUUUCCUAUAAACCGCCAAAUAAGGCGGGGUCGCUUGCUCAGGCGAUGGAUCACAGAGGGUUACUCUAGAGACAUAAUUGGCCGUACGGCAAAGAAGAAUGCAGAACUGAUCUUCUCUAAACUCAUUGAAUUGGGCAUAAUACAUCAAAUAGAAAGCAAUGGCAUGUGGCAAAUCAAUGGUUUCUUUCGUGAAUAUAUCAUCUCACAGCCAAUGGAAGAUAACCUUGUUUUUGCUUUGGAAGGGAAUUGUAAGGUAAACUCGCAACGCACAGGACAACACUUGACCAUAAUGGAAAAAUGGGACGGGGACAAGAUUCUGUUUGACAGUCUUGACUUCUCACGGCUACGGUCUUUGACAGUGUUUGGGAAGUGGGAAUACUUCUUCGUCUCUGAUAGCAUGAAGCGGAUCAGGGUGCUUGAUCUAGAGAAUACAUUAGAAGUAAAGAAUGAUGGCCUUGAGCAAGUCUUGAGGAAGCUGGUGAGCCUCAAGUUCAUCUCUCUGAGAGGAUGUACUGACAUUACUUAUCUGCCAGAUUCAGUGGGUGAGCUGAGGCAGCUGCAGACUCUAAAUGUCAGACAAACCUCCAUAGUCGCAUUGCCAUCAGCUAUCCUGAAGCUACUGAAGAUUCAGUACAUUCGAGCUGGUACCAUUGUGUCAUCAGAUGAACACCAGAGAAGGCCCCAACUUGCAAGGGCUGAUACUACUGGUGUUGAGGUUCCCGUCGGGAUUUGGAACAUGUCUUCCUUGCGUACCCUUGGUGUGGUGAAUGCAAAUGCUAAAGGUGGGAAGGCCAUUCUGAAGAAGCUCAAAAACCUUACCCAAUUGAUCAAGCUCAGCGUCUCGGGCAUGAACCAUGAAAAGUGGGAGAAUUUGUGGGAUUCACUCUCAGGUCAUGGCCAUCUGGAAUCCUUGUUCGUGCGAUUCGAUGAGGAUUUCUUUGAGAGCUUCAAGCCACCAAAGACCUUAAGGAGCCUGAAGCUGCACGGGGCUUACACAAGAACUGCCAGCCUAUAUCAAGGAGGAGCAUGGCAAUCUCAAGAUUUCGGUUUCAUCAAGAUGAUCAUACCAAGCCUACGAGACAUGCACUUCCUUGAAAAAUUGCCACAUCAGGCUAUCCUCGUUCGUCUUUUUAUCAACCCGACUCAAGAAAAUGAGUACUUGAAUAAACAUGUCAUGUGGGGGUGCAGGCGCAAGCCUCCGAGGUCGGACAAGGACCCUUGGUCUGAGUCCACUGAAUUAUUUUAUUGUAAGUAAUUGUAAGUUAGGAUUUGGAGAUAGAAAGAUUUCGUCCCGUAGAAGGUUUUCCCUA